GAGUGGAGAAAGCAGAAAGAGGUAGGCAUUACGGAAGAUGCAAGCAAAAAAAGAAAUAUUGAUGAUGUUGAGGUAAUGAGCUGUGGGGAAGAAGAUGAUAUUAUGUUCCAAAAUGUACCAAAUCUCAUGAUUGAGAAUUCUAAGCCUACAUCUCUUUCUGCCGACUUUAAAAUUAGUGGUCGCAGAAUAGUAGACAUUGCUUUCCUGAUUGAACAAUUUGUCGAAUUGAGCGGGCAUGCGCCUCAAUUCGGCUGUUCAUUUGUCAACAUGAAAUUGACUAGUGAAAUAAAAAGAGGGUUGAAAAGUGGGCUAACGUUCACUUGCAACAUGUGCCAUAUGGUAAAAACAAUAUGGACUGAACCUGAACCUCAGGAAACAUCUAUGGACAUAAACUCUGCAGCCGUUGCUGGUUCCAUCACCAAUGGUGGAGGAUUUCUCGCCUUGCAGAGAUUACUCUCUUCGAUGAAUAUUCACGCCAUGAAUAAAAAAACAUACGAGAAACAUGAAGCUCUCAUUUCUAAAGGUUGGGAGGAAACAGCAAUUGAAGAAAUGAGGAAGGCUGCUGAAGAAGAAAUUCGAUUAGCUAAAGAGCGAGGUGACGUAAACAAUGAAGGAGUGCCGUUGUUGACUGUUGUUGCUGAUGGAAGCUGGGCCAAGAGAUCAUACAGGAGGAACUAUAACUCCCUAUCUGGAAUGGCAGCGAUAGUUGGAUACCACACAAGACAGGUUCUGUACUUUGGCGUGAAAAAUAAAUAUUGUGUAACCUGUACACGCAAGCCUGGAGACACACAUCACACGUGCUUCAAGAACUGGAAUGGUAGCUCAUCUAGCAUGGAAGCUGCUACCAUCGUAGAAGGCUUCUUGGCAAGUGAAGAAAUGUACAAUGUGCAAUAUGCAAGGUAAUAAUAAUAAUGUAAAUAAAAUUUUAUAAUGAAUAAGAACCCUAGAAUAUCUACUAUCUUACAAUUAUUAAUCAUAUCAAUUGAAAACAUCAAUCCCAACUUGAAUAAUGCAGUGCGCUG